AAUAAAUGACAUAUCGAACUUCGAUCGUAACAACGUAUUGAUUCACCUAAACGUCAUAACAACGAAAGACACUUCAUCGGACACCCUACAAAAACACCCACGCAAAAAAUAAAAAAUCUAAACCCUUGAAGUUUUCAAACAACACCUUGCGUUUUUUUUCCUGCACCGAUCGGGAAAUUUCUUAAGAAAUUUUAUCAAAGAUGAUGCACAUGACUCUGUAUUGGGGAAAAAACGUGACACUUCUAUUCGAUUCGUGGAAGACCGAUUCAUGGACGAGUUAUCUACUGAGUUUGUUCGCGUGUUUUUUGAUUGCUUCUUUCUACCAGUAUCUGGAAAAUAUUCGGAUUCGGCUCAAGUUUUUUUCCGGUGAGAAGGGGCAAUCUCCGGUGCCGGAGAUUCAGACUCCUCUUCUGCGGUUGAAUAAGGUUUCUAGAAAUAAGGUUGCUGAAUCGGUUUUGUUUGGUGUGAAUUCUGCGAUUGGGUAUUUGUUGAUGUUGGCUAUAAUGUCUUUCAAUGGAGGGGUUUUUGUGGCUAUUGUUGUUGGUUUAACGCUUGGUUACUUCUUCUUUAGGAGUCAGGGUGAAGAAGAUGAUGCUCUUGUUGAUAAUUCUUGUGCAUGUGCUUAGUUUGUGCAUUUCAUGUAAUAGUAUUUGUGGAUCCGUUAAUUUUUUUUCUUCUCUUUUCUGUGACAUUACUGUUGUAUGAUUCUAUUCUGUAUCAUCAAAACUAAAUACCAGUAAUAAUAAUUGGAACUUUAUGUUCUUGGUUCUUAUUAAAA